AUGUCUCAGCAACCAACCUCCGCCCAACCCUUGGGCAGUUUCAAGCUGGGUGAUUUGCCUCAUGAGUUAGUUUUACUCAUUUCGAGUAUGGUGACUAUCCGGGACCGCUGUAGGCUUCAUCAAACCUGCAAGUCUAUGUACUUACUCCUCGCGCAUGGCAUUAUGGAGGAGAGGCAGCUGACUGCCCGAGUUCUAGCUCCCAAGCAAAAAUACGAGAAGCGUGGCUGGAGAUGGAAUUCUCCUCAUGCAAUUGCUGGAAUCGACAUGCCAGAUACUUCUCCUCAAGAAGAUGGUUGCAGGUUUUUGAGUAAGCCAGCAAAAGGUGAGGUCUUUGCUUGUGCCAUUGAGCGCGGGGAUUUCAAGAUCGUACUGGAGUACUUGCGUUCGGGCGUCGACCCCAACGUAUAUAGCCUUACUGGCGGAUUCAUGCUGCAUGUGGCGGUUGCUGCCCGUCAACCUAGUAUGAUAUCAUUGCUCCUGGAUUACGAUGCUGAUCCUUCCUGCUUGCACUUCAACUACAGCCACGAUCCCGAUUCUUGGGCUUUCUCCCUUGGUCCUGAACCCUUUUUCUACACUCUCACCUAUGACGGUGAUUGGAUGGUUAGUACGUUCGCCAGGAGUGGCAAGGUCGACGGAUUCGCCAAUUUUGUUGUUCGUUAUUGGGAGACUGUGGCACAUGCUUUGGCCAAGCGCAAUGAUCAAGUGUUGUUCCGGGAUAUGGCACAAUAUCUUACAAAAGAAACUAUGACGAUGGUUUUUCAAAGGCACCAGACGCCCCUGCAUGUCGCACUGAAGCAACCAACCCCGGAUGUCGCCAUGGAACUUAUUGAGGCUGAUGCCUAUACUGAUUCCCUUGACAAAUCGAUAGAUACUACUCCGUUCAUUGCUCUCGCUGUCGAAAACGGCCAUUUUGAAGCUGCACGCCUGAUGCUUAAGAGGAACACCAACCUUCCCUUGAAGAAAUAUAUAGGGAGUGAGCUUCCGACAGCAGUCUCAUCUUGCGCUGUUGGCGUUAUCCGUCCGCUCAUCGACCGUGGCGUGAGCAAAGAACAAGAUGGAAACGACUAUACUUCGCCACUUAUCUGCGCUGUCAGGACGGGAAGCUUGGACGUGGUGAAGUCAGUCUACGAGGAAGGACCCAAGCAUCCCUCCUUGAGAUAUAACCCCGGAAGACUGUUUUCACCUUCAGCAUACGCUACAGCACUCGCCCUAGGGAAACCCGAGAUUGUGGAUUACCUGGAGGGUUGCAUAGAGCGCGACAGCAGCGACCCUCAAAUGCCGUGUACACCGGAGAGUGAUUCCCAUGCCAAUAUGGCGCGCAAGAUCAUGGAGAUUAUGUCAUAUCUUCAUCAUUGGGAUGAGUGUAUGUUUGGUGAUGAAGUCCAGCCCAAUGCAGUUCAGUCCAAGGCCCACCUCGUCAAUCAUAUCGCGUUACAUAUUCUUCCCUUGGCAGGGGCAGAUUUUGAUUCUGGUCGAAUUUGUGAUCUCGUCCAAAAAGCUCAACAUAUAUGUCCCAGCAAGCAGGUUUCGUACCAUUCAAUGUACGCUCUUGAGGAGGCUAUUAAAGAUCUUGAGCUGCCAGGGGAAGAAGCAGGAGAAGGAGAAUGUGAUGGUCCUGACAAUGCAGGCCUAUUAUGCAAGGCCUUACCACGUCUCUUGGGCGUUAUCAGGAAAGAGGUGGGCCCUGAAAGAAGGACCCUUUUCCUGGAGACCUUGGAGGAGGUUUUUAUUGAUCAUAUAACGGUACAGGCAAAGAGUCAGAUGUGCGCUGAUUCGAAACUACUUGGAGCGCUACUACUGCCCCCUGGAAUGAAUGAUAGGGCACGCCAGCUUAAAGAAACCUUGAGACGUCUUUGUGGCGUGGCAAGGGAGAACAUUUAUAAUGAUGAGAUCGGCCGGCUCAUUAUGGUCUUCUUGCGUCUUCUUCGAUGCUAA